GGAGGUAAUAGUAACAAAUAUUUGUUUGGGUAUAUAAACUAAAUGACUCAUAGGGGGGGAGGGGGUAGCUAGAUCUGGUAUUAUAUAAUCUAGUUAUCAAGAUGUCCUCCUGGUUAGUGAUCUUGCUGGUGCUGGCCUUGCUCUACUUGCUGUACAAGCUGGUGGUGUUUGUCAGGGCUGAUGCUGAUCUCACACUCCUUAGCAGAACACUAGACACCCGUUACUUUGACAACAAGGUGGUGUGGGUCACUGGAGCCUCUUCUGGAAUUGGAGAGGAGCUGUGCUACCAGUUGUCUAGACUGGGUGCUAGAUUAAUUCUCAGUGCAAGGUCAGAGGACAAACUGAAGGUGGUCAGGAAGGGACUCGCAAAACCCAACCAGGCAAAGAUCCUGCCAGUUGACCUGAGUGACCCCUCUGCCACUAGGGAGGCUACUGAGAAGGAAAAGGCUCUGUUUGGAGGAAUAGACAUUCUCAUCAAUAAUGCAGGUGUUUCUACCCGAUCAAGUUUCAUUGAUAUGCAAGAGCCUACACACAGACGUCUCAUGGAGCUUGACCUCUUUGCACCCUGGAUACUGACCCAUGGUGUACUAUCAGGUAUGUUGUCCUCUGGGUUUGGUCAUAUUGUCGUUACUAACUCUGUUCUGGGCAAGUUUGGUUCUAGUGGGAAGAGUUCUCUAGCCACCGCCAAAUUUGGAGUGGUUGGAAUGAUGGACUCUAUCAGAUAUGAAAUGAGUGGACGCAAUGUCCAUGUGACGGUGGUGUGCCCUGGGCUAGUGAGGACGGGCAUCUCUCGGAAUGCACUCUUGUCCGACGGUUCUCUCAACAACAAAACGGACCAGCAUAUUGAAGCGGGGAUGAAACCUCAAAGGUGUUCUGAGCUUAUUUUGACAGCUGUGUCCAAUCAACUUGCAGAGGUGUGGAUCUCCAAGCAUCCCUACCUCUUCAUCACCUACCUGGCUCAGUAUGCUCCCUCACUCUGCAAGUACCUACUGCAACAACGAGCAAACCAACAUAUAUCCAAAGAACCUAAUUGAGUAGUAUUAUACCGUAGUGAGUUUUAAUUUGACUUACAUGCAGUUAUAAAGUUGUGUUCCGUAUCAUAACAUCAAAUUAAGUUUCUCGGCCACGUUUUGCAAGUGAUGUCAUUAUUUUGUCUAGAUGGGGUGUAACAAAAUUCACGACUUAAUUGUUUAUUUAUAUCCUGUAUUGUUUCAGAGUGUCAAUCAGUACAAUUAUGCCUAUAGCUAUAGCUGUAGCACUAUGUAUCAUAAAGGUACAGUUUGAAGUUGUAGCUCUAUUUCAGUUUUAGUUUGCAACAAGUCACUUCGUCGUAUCUUGAACAAUGCUAUUAGAUCUACAUAUAACAGUUGAUAUCAACUGGCUAGAUUUAAGCCUUUUGUAUCUUCUGGUGUCCUUGGUUUUGGUGAGCAUUUUGCUAUAUUAUGCAUACUUCAAGAAAAGACUUGUUUAUGAAGACUAUGGUAGAUCUACAGAAAAAGAAAUUUCUGAAGCUGAGUCAGAUUUCUACGAAUUCAGGCUGUGCAGACCUAAACCGGAAGAUGGUUGCGAGUCCCUACAAUAUCAAGUUGUUCGAGAAUUUAGUCAAAAACUAGUAAUUAUAGUCGAGAAUGCUGGUGUCAACGAAUUGUUAGAUGAGCUGUUUCAACGUGGUGUCAUAGGUUUGGAAACAAAAAAGCGAAUUGAAAACCUUCAGAGUACAACAGAACGCAGUAGGAAUUUGAUUUCCUUAUUGCAAAAUAGUGUCAGAUACUGUCCAGACCAAACUCUAAAAAUUCUGCUUGAUAUUAUGAAGUCAAACGCUGUGUACAAUGAUGUAAGGCUUGAGAUUGAGAAAAGAUUUUUUAACUUAAGUUUCAAUAGCAAACUCAGAGCCGACGUUGUCAUUAGAUAUAUCUGUUACACUGGAAAAUUAACAGGGAAGAGGUUUAACAAUAUUUGUCUUCAUUUUCAAAAAGCACUCCUGGAAAACGAUUGUAGGAAAUUAAAAUCUCUAUUAAGAGAAAAAUUUCCAUUUACUGUUGAAGAGAGACUGUACUUUGAAUGCUACCACUGUUUAGGCCUAACCCACAAGCAUGAUGAAGCGAGUAUUCAAGAUGCAAUACACAUAUUGGAAAACAUCGUACAUCAAACAAAAACCUCACCAACUGACAACAAGGACAUUAUUAGAGGCAGGGCGUACAGAAUAAUGGCGGGUGCAUAUCAAAAGCUGGAUAAAAUCGAGGAAGCAUCUGAUUGCAUUAACAAAGCGAUAGCCAUACAUUCCUAUCUUGAGCAUGGCUGCGAGAAAGCAUGCACCUUUUUAGAAUUUACUAAAAUACAACAAAGUGAUCCAAAUAUGAGGAAAACGAGAGAAAAAAUGGCAGAUGAAUUUAUGAUGGUCAAAGAGUUCACAUUGAAAUGCAAAAACGAAGCAAGAAGACUCAAGAUGAUUAAAAUGGUCGAAAUACAAAUCGCACUGUUUUUCCUCAAUCCUACGAAAAAGGAUUCAUUUUUCUCGAUGACCAAAUGGAUGAGUUUUUCCCCUUCAACUGAUGAACUUGACAAAGCUCAAAAAUGUCUUGCAACAUUACAAUUAUCUAACCUCGGCCAACAGAACAUUUAUCAAGUGAGAUGGAACACAGCAAUGUCAGACUUGCAUAGACAUCGAAAGAAUUAUCAGCUGGCGCAUCAGUAUAUAGUGGAAGCACACAACGUAACUAUGAGUGCUGAUAUUCUGAGAGAAGAUUGCUUGAAGAUUGACAAGAAGCUGGCUUGGUUGAGCAAAAGAAACACAUCUAUACAUGUACCUGACAUUGAAACGGACUAAAAUGUUUGAUCGGUUGAAUUUGACAAGAAUGAGUGUACUUAUAAUGUACGUCUCAAUGUUAUAAUUACGUCGUCUCUA